UCAAUUCAGUUUGCAGAUGCGGCCAAAUUUGACUUUAUUUAUUUUUUAUUUUUUAUUUUUUCUUAAUAAUUUAUGAGAUUAGAGAAAUAGAAACAAAAUCAGGAAGAGGGGGUCAGUAGAUCAGUCACAGUCAUAGCUGAUUCGCCUAGCGUUCUUACGUUUCUGGAUAUACAUAUAUAUACAAAUACACAUACACACACACAAACAUUUACGCCUCCAAGCCCUUCUUUCGAACGUUUCACGUUUCUCGUUUCUCGUUUAUGCUCUUCUUCUCUAUCAACCCUUGAAUCCACUAGUUUAUACACAUAUAUAAACACACACACACACACACAUAUAUAUAUUAAUUUAUUUAUGUAUUCAUAUCUUGUUCGUGUUGGUAUUUGUAUCAAUUUCCUCAAGUUGAUACUGGUCACGAUCCGCCAAAUUGUGAAAAACAAUUAAUAACUGUUCGAAUUGUGUGUCAAUUCAAAUUGUGAAUUUGAUCUGAAUUAUACAUAAAUAAAAAAAAGAAUUAGGGUUUUCAAUUCUUUGGAGAAUGCCACAGGACUGUUCGUCGGAACUAGAGCCAGACGACUCUGAUGCUGAGUUUGUUGAAAUCGAUCCUUCUGGUCGGUAUGGUCGGUAUAAAGAAAUUCUAGGCAAAGGGGCUUUCAAGAAAGUAUAUAGAGCAUUUGAUGAAUUGGAAGGAAUUGAAGUAGCUUGGAAUCAAGUUAAAGUUGCUGAUCUCUUACGGAAUUCGGAGGAUUUGGAGCGUCUGUACUCAGAAGUUCAUUUGCUUCAAACUCUCAAGCACAAGAACAUUAUUAAAUUUUAUAAUUCAUGGGUGGACACGAAAAGUGAGAAUAUUAACUUCAUCACCGAGAUUUUCACUUCUGGGACAUUGCGGCAGUAUCGUCAGAAGCAUAAGCAUGUUGACUUGAGAGCAUUGAAGAAAUGGUCUCGGCAGAUCUUAGAAGGACUUUUCUAUCUUCACGGCCAUGAUCCUCCGGUUAUUCAUCGGGAUCUAAAGUGUGACAAUAUUUUUAUUAAUGGAAAUCAAGGCGAGGUGAAAAUUGGUGACUUAGGACUUGCAGCCAUUCUUCGCCAGGCUCGUUCAGCUCACAGUGUCAUUGGUACUCCAGAGUUCAUGGCACCAGAGCUUUACGAGGAGGAAUACAAUGAGCUUGUAGAUAUUUAUGCCUUCGGUAUGUGUUUGCUGGAAUUGGUGACCUUUGAGUAUCCAUAUGCUGAAUGUGCCAAUGCUGCUCAAAUAUACAAGAAAGUGACAUCUGGAAUCAAGCCAGCAUCAUUGAUGAAGGUGAAGGAUCCUGGAGUCAAGGAAUUUAUUGAAAAAUGUAUAGCAAAUUUCUCUGAUCGGUUGUCUGCCAAGGAACUUUUAGUGGAUCCUUUUCUCAAGCCAGAUGAGGAUAAUGGAGUUUUAGGUCGGCCCUUGCAACCCCAUCCUCAUCAUGCAGGUGAUAGUCAUGACCAAUUCAGCAUUGGUAAAGCAACCAAGGACUCUGUGCCUGAGGGAAGUCGAGACUUCAUGGUGCAAGGUCAAAGGAAAUAUCUCAAUACAAUAUUUCUAAAGCUACGAAUAGCAGAUUCGACAGGUCAUUUCCGGAAUAUCCACUUCCCAUUUGAUAUUGAGGUUGAUACGGCAAUUGCUGUUGCUAGUGAAAUGGUUGAAGAGCUGGACCUGUCAGAUCAAGAUGUAUCAACCAUUGCUGAGAUGAUCGACUCCGAGAUACGUACCUAUAUUCCAGAUUGGGCGCCUAAAGAACUUUCAGGAGAUAAUGAUGGUUGUGAAGUAGUUUCUGAUGGCUCUGCCUCUGUGACUCAGGAUGACUUCGCUUCUCCCCUGACAAAUAAGUCUGCCCCUUCUAGUAGUCUUGUAUUGGAACGAUUGCCUUCAGGUCGGAAGUUUUGGUCUGAUUCACCCAAAGCAGGUGAUGGAAACUCUCCAGGUAAACUUGGCCCUUCAAAUUUAUCCCAAACAGAUUUGGGGACCCCUCUAGAUAGCUGGACUGAAGACAAUGAAGAAUCACCUUUUACCUGUAGAGAUGGGGACAGUUCAAAUGAUCCUGCUUCACUCGAGCAAACUCAGGAUGAUCAUGUGCUCGAAACUUAUGUGUCUGCUGAUACACAAUUGGAUGAAUAUAGUGGAAUUUCAGAUCCAUGUUCCAGCAGUGGGCCUCCUCUCUUGGAAGGAAAAGAUCAAAUAUUGAGGGACACCAACUCAGAUGAUGUCAGAAUCAUUAUGGAGAAACUUGAGCAUCUGUUGGUUGAGCAGCAUAGGGAGCUAGAUGAACUUAAACGGAAGCAUGAAUUAGCUGUAUCAAAUCUUUUGAAGGAACUUCCUCCAGAAAUUCAUCGCAAAGUUAUUAACGUUUGUAACCUAAAGAGAUCUGGCUAUAGAAUGCUGUGAGGCACGAUGCUUCUCUGGAAAUUAUAUUGACGCAGGCUCCUUACACAUAUGUAAAGUUGCUGUCUCACAACUAAGCUGUGGUAAUAAUUUGGGUAGUUCUUUGAUUGCGCCAAUUGUCUUAGUCACCCUAAAAGGUUUGAAGAUAUUCCGGAAAGCUCAAACAUUUACAGACUGCUGGGAAGGUGGGAAGCCGGAGUCAGUAGCUGAAAAUUGCAUCGCUGGAGCUGUCUUCAAAGACAGGUUAAUCACUGUGAAAAAUAUCGGAUUUGGAACGGGGGUAUUGCUUAUUUUCGAGAGAGGGGCAUUAUCAUAGCUCAGGGAGGAAUCAGUACAACAUUCUUUGCGAUGAAGUAGGUGGAUUAUACUAUGCUGCUGAUUUGAGAUACUUGCUGGACGAUUGUGAAUAUCUGCAACACAAGUUUUGCCAAUGCGUAAAGAAUUUUUUACUUGUCAUCGGUACGCAAGUGCAACAUGUUUUGUAUGUCCUGAUAUAGUUUAUGUGAAUCUUAAAUUCGAAAAUGUGUAUACUUGAACAUGGGUACAUAAUUUGUGUAUAGGUUGAUUGUUUUAGAAUUAUGCCUGCUGAGGUUAUAACCUAAAUCGCGUCUUUCAAUUUA